ACAAGAAGAGACUCACGUUCAUAACACAAGUAUUCUUUCUUCCCCUCUUCCAGCAGCUUUUAGUGUCGCCGCCACGGACUGUCUUUCUUCCGCUCAUAACGCCGCAAUCUUUACGGUUCUUGACCUCGGCAAACGAGUUUAGAGACUCUGAGAGUUUGGAAAGAAGAUAGUGAAGGCCAUUUACAAGAAGCCCGAAGAUGGUGAAGAAGAGCAAAAAGAGUAAAAGCAAGAGGGUUUCUUUAAAGAAGAAGUACAAGAUCAUUAGAAAGGUGAAGGAGCAUCACAAGAAGAAGGCUAAGGAAGCCAAGAAGCUAAGCUUCAAGGGCAAAAGCAAGGUUGAGAAGGACCCAGGUAUUCCUAAUGAUUGGCCUUUCAAGGAACAGGAGCUCAAGGCUCUUGAAGCUCGUCGUGCUCGAGCUCUUGAUGAGAUGGAACAAAAGAAAGCAUCUCGGAAGGAGAGGGCACAAAAGAGAAAGUUGGGGUUGCUAGAUGAUGAUAAUAUGGCCUCUGUAGAACAAAGAUUAGGAGAGACAAAAGAUGAAGACAACUCUGUCGGGCCUGUGCGUAGUCGUGAUAACUCAGAUAGAGCUUUCUACAAGGAAUUGGUUAAAGUUAUUGAUGCAUCAGAUGUCAUUUUAGAAGUCUUGGAUGCACGAGAUCCCCUUGGCACCCGUUGUAUUGAUAUGGAGAAGAUGGUGAUGAAAGCGGGUCCUGAUAAGCAUCUUGUAUUACUACUGAAUAAAAUUGAUCUUGUCCCUCGAGAGGCUGUUGAGAAGUGGCUUAGUUAUCUGAGAGAAGAAUUGCCUGCUGUUGCCUUCAAGUGUAGCACACAAGAGCAAAGGUCCAACUUAGGUUGGAAAUCUUCAAAAACAUCCAAAACAAAAACAAGUAAUUUAUUGCAGAGAAGUGACUGUCUUGGAGCCGAAACUCUUAUUAAACUGUUGAAGAAUUACUCGAGAAGUUAUGAGAUUAAAAAAUCAAUUACCGUGGGUGUCAUUGGCCUGCCUAAUGUUGGCAAGAGCAGUCUUAUUAAUAGUCUGAAGAGAUCUCAUGUUGUCAACGUUGGAGCUACUCCAGGAUUAACAAGAUCAAUGCAAGAAGUCCAUCUAGACAAAAAUGUCAAAUUGUUGGAUUGUCCCGGUGUUGUAAUGCUAAGAACUAAAGAAAAUGAGCCAUCUAUAGCUCUUAGGAAUUGCAAAAGAAUUGAGAAGUUGGAAGAUCCCAUUGCUCCUGUGAAGGAGAUCUUGAAGCUUUGCCCUUCCAAAACCCUGGUAACUCUAUAUAAGCUUUCGAGCUUCGAUACGGUUGAUGAUUUUCUGCAGAAGGUAGCUGUCAUUCGAGGCAAACUUAAGAAAGGUGGUAUUGUGGAUGUUGAAGCUGCUGCUAGAAUUGUUUUGCAUGACUGGAACGAAGGUAAAAUUCCAUAUUAUACAAUGCCGCCAGUUAGAAAUCAAGAACCUUCAGAGGCAAGGAUCGUCUCAGAGCUUGGGAAAGAGUUUGAUAUUGAUGCAGUUUAUAGUGGUGAAUCAUCAUUCAUUGGAAGCCUAAAAUCCGUGGAUGAUUUCAAUCCUGUCGAAGUUCCCCCCAGUUGUCCACCGAAUUUUGACGAGAGUAUGCAAGAGCAAGAGAAUGAGAAUGCUCAAUCGUCUACGCAAGAUGACGAAAUCCUGGAGAAUAAGAUGAAUAAUAGCGAGGACGAGUCCAUGGAGCAGGAAGAAGAUGGCAAUGGCGAAGGCGAAGGCAAAGGCAAGGGACAAGAUGCAACUAGCAGGCAGAAUGAGAAAUUGUAUUCAGCAGAAGGUAUUCUAAAUACGAAAAUGAGGAGAGCAGAGAAGAAGCAAAGGAAAAAAGUUAACAAAUCAUCAGUGUCUACGGAUGCAAUGGAAGACGAUGACUAUGACUUUAAAGUGGAUUUCAAAAAGAAGUGAUUGAUUCCCUAACAGGAAAACAAGAAUUACGACAUGAUUAGAGGGGAUAGAUUGGUUGCCAUGGAAAUCAAAAGCUAAGGCUGUAGAUUCAAAGUUUUGUAUUACGACUUCUAUUUAAAAUUCACCUUUUUUUUUUCAAUAGAAUUUUUGCCCUCUUAGAUUUUUGGUUCUAAUGUAAGCAAAUUUUGUUGGCGAGUAUACACGCAUAUUGGAAGUGGAAAACUCUGCUUGUUCCAACUCGUGAUUGGGUUACAAAAUUAUAGGUUAUAUUUUUAAUAA